CAUCCUGUUCUCACAGUGGUCAGCCCACGGGAAGCCCACAAGCAGGGCCUGAACACAACAGCCCUCUCUCCUUCUGUGGUCUCCAGCAACUGGCAUACCGCCUCCGACAGUGGCUACUAGUUUUAAGCUUGGAGGAGUCGCUUGCGAAAUAUCAGGUUGUGUGUUCAUUGCGGUCAAUAUAACAUGAUGGAACAAGCCUGUGUCUUUUGUUCUCCACUACUCUUCUCUAAAUGCGAAAAGAAAUUGGAUGUUGAGAGUAAAAACACGGUGGGUAAUGGGAACUCACUUUGCAGCCACAGGCAGGUUCCAGAGGAGCAGCUGUUUUAGCCGAUUGUGGCAAGAACAACAAGGAGUUCUGUGGCACCUUUGAGGCUUAACAGUUUUAUUGUAGCCUAAGCUUUCACGGAUUAGAACCCACUUCCUUGUGUACCUGAUGAAAUGUACUCUGACUAUUUAAUGAAAGAUCAUGGCGCAAUAUGGUUCCUAGUCUUGGAGGUGCCAUGAAAUCCUUUAAGCUAUGGGACUGUUGCAGAUUUCAGGGAUGUGGCGUAACCUCUUUGCCGUGAGAAAUCGGAAGAAACAAUGGGAAGGAGAAAUGUUAGCAGAUUUGUCACCCGCAAGACACCUUUUGGAGACAGACAUGGGAUUCUCCUUCUCUCACCCAUCUGCCAGAAAAGAUACUGCCCAUGCUUGCUGUAGUUAUGUUCUGCCACAUAACACCGAACCCCAGCCUUGCAGAACACCAUGCUGUUAUCCUGUGUCCCUAUUGCUGCAUACUCUCUAACAAGGAUGGGGAACCUGGGACCCCCCCCAUAUGUUGUUGGACUACAGCUCCCAUCAUCUCUGAUCAUGGGCUGUGCUGGCAUGGGAGUUGUAGCCCAGAAAUAUCUAAAGAGCCAAAGUUUCUCAUUACAUGUUCUGUACCAAUGCUGUGAGGCUAUGUAAAGUAAUCCCUUAAUGGUGGUUCUUUUUUAAAAGUGAAAGGAUGUACGGCUUUGGCAUCCCUACCUUGUACACAGCUUCAUUCGGUUGGUUCACAGUUACAGUUAUUUGGUGGUGUACGAUAAAUCAAUUCAGGGCCUGCCCAAUUCAUUUUGCUGCCUGAGGCAGAGGUCAUCCCCUCUCAUUCAUGUCCUGAAGCUAACCUAACUGGCAGUUGACUCCUACUUUGACCCAGCCCUUCACUUAAGGAGCGGGGGCUGGUUUAGAGGGGGGCACAAAACAGGUCACGUCGCUCACAUGGUUCUAUCCUCCAACAUUUUACGGCCACUUUAGGCAUCCGCCUCACUCUGCCUAAUGCUCGGGCUGGCCCUGCAUCUGGAAAGGCAUGCACAAAUGUGAUUGAAACAGGGCAAGAGAGAGGGAAGAGAAAUACUGUAUGCUCCUGUGCCUUCUCUAAAUUGCAGACUGGAUGAGACCCUCAAUUGAAAGCACUGUGGAAGAAGGCACACUUCUUCCCCAAUUCUUUUCUUUUAUAAGCGAGUUGGGGGUCACUUAGAUUGGGGAGAGGGCAAGGGAAGAAAGGGGUUGACCGUCCUUGCCCAAAGUGCCACUUCCCUGAUCUGACAGCUGCACAGGGCUGCUAAUUAUUACAUUUUAAUUAGUCUCCCAGGCCCCAUCUAGUUGGCCCCUUGCUACAGCUAACUUUCAGCAGCUUUUACAAUUUCUCUCUCUGAGAAGAUGUAGAGACAUGGGAAUUGGAAUUACCUGAGGGUCUAGGAUUCUUCAAUUCUCGGUGAAGUCUCGGAACCGCCUUUCCCAUAGCUUGAUGCGGGCGGGGGUGUUUCAAAUCAAAAACUGAUUUGGGGUUUGCAGAGUAGAUCGGUGUCUGCUGUGGAGAUGCAGUUGUUUUAACUGAAGAGAUGUGGAGUACAGGUUGCAGGUUUAUGAUACCUUUUUCUUGUUUCCAGGCUUAUGGCAACUGAAAGAGGAGGCAAAAAUUUAUUACAUUAAAUGACUAAUUAAACCACUUAGCUGCCUGACAACUAAAAUUACUACAGUAUUUGAAGCCGCCCUGGAAGCCUUCAAUUAAAUGAGUGCAGCUGAGAGAUGUGCAACAGUGGCAGCCUGGACUGUGCAGUGAUUUUUUAAAGGGGAGGGUUGGCUGAGUCGAACUGAUUGAUGUUCGCGUUGUGGCACAAUGCCCCCAAACGGGAGCUUAAUAUAACUUUUUUGCCUUCUGAAUAUGUCCCAGUUUGUCUGAUGAGAUCUUCCUUUCAGGGCUUGAUCUUCGGAGGCCCUGUGUUAACUGUAGUGCCAUGGGUGGGAGACAGAUGUCCUCAUUAAUAAACCAAACUGUGUGCUACCCUCACAAUGGACGCCUUAGCUAAGAGUUGAGUUGAAGAUGCCAAGGAGUACGACUGAUCAAGGAGACGAGGGUCUUCCUUACCAAGGCUGACACACUCUGCUGAAAAAUAACUCCUUGAUAGGGUGGGCCUGUGUCUGAUUUUAUGGAGGGGAGUCCUCUGUUUGAAGGAGACUUUGAAUGACUCUCUGUUCUGAAUGCAGGUUAAAGUUACAGAACCAUAAGUAGGGAGAGCUACCUUGCUGACCAGUGCUGGAAUGGCGGCUUCAUCUACCUGAUCAUGUUGCGUCGCAUCAAGCGCAAGGCCCCUCUUCCUCCGUCGAAUGGCAACAACAGCAACAGCAGCAGCAACGAACCCAAAGCCCGGCCUACCUCGGAGCCCAGCGGGAAGACAGCACAAAAUGGCAAAAGGACUAGAAAGUUUGGCGUCAUCACCAGGACUCCUCCUGGGGGCAAGGAAAGCAAAGGCAACAAAGGCAGCAAAAGCAGCUCCAGGACUGAGCAGGGAAAUGGACAUUGCACCCUUAUGGAAAUGGAUGGGUUGCGCCCCGAGGCAUCCAGCACAGAAAGCAAACUGGAGGAUCGACUUCAAAGAGCUGACUCACCGUUUCCAGCAGGGCAGUACCGCUCCCGCCUUUCAGACGGAGGGAUUCUAGACCUAACCUCAAGUGAACUGUCUCUGCAGCGAGAAGGUUGCCGGAUAUGGAAGAUGACCAUGAUGAAGGGAACAGAUGGGCUGGGAAUCCAGAUCACCGGAGGCCGAGGAUCGAAGCGUUCUCCUCACGCCAUCAUUAUUGCACGGGUGGAAGAAGGAGGCUGUGCUCACAGAGAUGGUAGACUGAAAGUUGGCGAUGAACUGCUCAUGAUCAAUGGGCACUCUUUGGUUGGCCUCUCCCAUCAAGAUGCUGUUGCUCUUCUUCGGUCGGCCGAAGGCCUUGUGUACCUGGUGGUUGCAAGCAGGGAAGGGGCAGAAGAGGAUUUUCUCAGUUACCCAUCUACAAGUUUGCCAGACUUAAUCAGCACUUGCUCUGCUCAAGAUGCGGCUCCCUGGACUGACAAUAAAGAAAAUGAAGAGCCGGAGGAGGAGGAGGAGGAGGAGGACAAAGGAAAGAUUCUGGUGCCAGAAGUCCUGGAACCCGAGCCAGAUCUGACAGAUCUAGGUAACUCUGCAGAUCCUACUGGUGCAGAGGGAUCCAAAGAAAACUGUCAAACUUUGGGAGGUGGGAUAUUGAAGUACAGGAGCAGAUCCCAAGGGGCGGCAGCGCGUUUAGAAUCCGUAGGCGAAGAUGACGAGUUGACAGUGGAAAACGGAGAUGUGAAUUAUGAAAUAGCCAUUAAAUAUUCCCGGGGAGGGAGAAAACAUUCUCUCCCACAACAUUUGGACACAGGAACCAGACAGGAAUACCAUAUUGUUAAGAAAUCUACCCGCUCUUUAAGUGCUGCCCAGGUUGAAUACCCAUGCCGACUCACCCAGCCAUCUAUUAUUUCCAACAUUGUCCUGAUGAAGGGGCAGGGCAAGGGACUUGGAUUCAGCAUUGUGGGAGGGCAGGAUUCUGCCCGGGGACGCAUGGGCAUCUUUGUGAAGACCAUUUUCCCAAACGGGGCUGCAGCCGCUGACGGCCGACUGAAAGAAGGAGAUGAACUCCUCGAAGUUAACGGAGAGUCCUUGCAAGGACUGACCCACCAGAAAGCCAUUCAAACGUUUAAGCAACUCAAGAAAGGUGUGGUGACCCUCACCGUCCGGACCAGACUUCGCAGCCCAAGCCUUACCCCAUGUCCUAUGCCUACGUUACUGAGCCGUUCCAGCUUACCAAGCUCUUCUGCCAGCGCAGGACCCCCUUUGCCCGGCUGCGAAGAUGCAGAUGUUUCCACUGCAAAUCGCAAGGGGCCUGGUCCCAAGGACAGGAUUGUCAUGGAAGUGACUCUCAAUAAAGAACCAGGUGUUGGGCUGGGCAUUGGUGUUUGCUGCCUCACACUGGAGAACAGCCUUCCAGGAAUUUAUAUCCACAGCCUGGCCCCAGGAUCAGUGGCGAAGAUGGAUGGAAGGUUAAGCCGUGGGGAUCAGAUGCUGGAAGCAUAUUCGGUCAGUUUGCGUCAUGCGGCUCUGAGCGAAGCAUAUGCCGUUUUGAGCGAAUGCGGCCCUGGCCCAGUUAGCCUUAUCAUUAGCCGCCAUCCCAACCCAAAGGUUUCUGAACAAGAAAUGGACGAAGCCAUUGCCCGCACCACCACUCAGAGAGAAAGCAAGGAUACUUCUUCCCCUCACACCACAGGGAAUCUGCCCAAAAGCCCAUCGCCUAGUGUGAAGUCCAAGCAGGCAGAAGCCUCCUCGCCCUUGAGCUGGACAAUGAAGCGUUUCUUGGAGCCAGGGAGCCGGGGAUCCAUCAAUUCUGAAAUUGAGUUUCCCCAAUACUUCUUACAAGACGGAGCAAGCCAGCUGCCACUUUCAGAGACUACAAUAACUGGCUCUAGCGAUGAGGAGCCGCUCCGGCCAAAGAGUGGGAGCAGCUCUGUAGAUGAAUGUUUUCCUUCUCCUGGUAUUCCAGCUACCAAAGAAUCAGGCAUAUGUGAAUCACCGAGGAGUGGAAACAACUCACCUGGUCCCAUCAACAAGCAAAGGGAGAAUGCUACCCGGCACGUUAGCUUCAGCGAUAGCCCCAAAGGUCCGCGUACCUCCUUCCAGAGGCAGCGGAGACUUGCUUUCUAUGACGGUGACGCAAGCGACGAGGAUGAGUUUUCCAAACAAGAUGGCGCUCGGCUACAAGGGGGACCAAGGCCCAAAGGCCAGAGGAAGGCAGAGGGCAACUGUGAGCUUGCCAUUGCAACUUCUCCUGUCCAAGGUGGUGCUACAAACCUGGAGAGAGAACCGGGGACAAAUUUGCACAACGAUUCAGCUGUCGCCGGCUUUAGGGAUUCAUCAGACAGCGCUGCUGAGCACACAACAGACUCCCCUUUCCUCCCAGUCAAAUCAUUUGAUUACGCAAACGUGCCCGAGCUUCACCCAGAACACCAAAGCUUGAAGGAGUUUCGGGAGGCACAGCUGGAAUCCAAGAGAUCGCCUAAGCUGGAGCACAAAGCCGUCACUCGAGUCAAAAGCCUGAUGAGCAUCGAAUACCAUGGCAUCCCGCGGCAGAAGAACGAGGAGCACAGCGCUUCCGAUAGAGCCAGCGGGAGGAUGCUUCCACAUCUCCAGAAGAGCGAAACGCAGGAGAGUCCUCUUGGGCAGAGCCACCCUGAAGCAGUUACCUUAACUCGGAAUGAAAAUGAAUUGUUUGGCCUUGACCUGCAAAUCCAUGCCAUCCCCUUGCGUGUCGUGAUAACAGGCUUGCGGCCGGGAGGAGUGGCUGAAAGGGCGUCUAUGGGGAAGCUGGUUCCGGGAGAUGAGAUCCUUGCCAUCAACGGAGACCCAAUCCAUGGGUUCUCUUACGAGGAAAUCUGCGAAUACGUAGGACGUCUUCCCACAUCCAUUACACUGGACAUCCAGAAAGCUGUUGCUGCUACGAACCAAUGUGCAAAUCUCCUUGUAUCUUCGGAGGCAGAUGAAGCAGUGCAGAGAAAUCCAAGCAAUCUUAUGAUCGAAGAAGAGAGGAGCUUUGCAAACCACCAAGAACCUUUGCAUGGGGGCAACCCCGAUUACGUGGCAGAAGGGACAACAUUGCCGUCUGAUGCAAAGACCAGUGCAACACAAGCAGAUUCCUCCGAAACCAGCUAUGCUCAGGACCAAGAACCUUUGCACGGGGGCAACCCCGAUUACAUGGCAGAAGGGACAACAUUGCCGUCUGAUGCAAAGACCAGUGCAACACAAGCAGAUUCCUCCGAAACCAGCUAUGCUCAGGACCAAGAACCUUUGCACGGGGGCAACCCCGAUUACGUGGCAGAAGGGACAACAUUGCCGUCUGAUGCAAAGACCAGUGCAACACAAGCAGAUUCCUCCGAAACCAGCUAUGCUCAGGACCAGGAACCUUUGCACGGGGGCAACCCCGAUUACGUGGCAGAAGGGACAACAUUGCCGUCUGAUGCAAAGACCAGUGCAACACAAGCAGAUUCCUCCGAAACAAGCUAUGCUCAGGACCAGGAACCUUUGCACGGGGGCAACCCCGAUUACGUGGCAGAAGGGACAACAUUGCCGUCUGAUGCAAAGACCAGUGCAACACAAGCAGAUUCCUCCGAAACCAGCUAUGCUCAGGACCAAGAACCUUUGCACAGGGGCAACCCCGAUUACGUGGCAGAAGGGACAACAUCGCCAUCUGAUGCAAAGACCAGUGCAAUACAAGCAGAUUCUUCCGAAACCAGCUAUGCUCAGGACACUGUGGUACCAUUGAGAGACAUGGAUGACUUCCUUGGCAAAACACCUUCCUCAGAUGAAAAAGAUGCUGCUAAGGGUUUGUUUAUCGGGGACAGGUGUGCCUGCGAAGAUGCAGAUGGGAGGGGAGAAGAUUCCUGUUCUCAUUCUGGAACAGAUAUAAUUAAGAAUGACCUUCCAGGUAGGACUCUGAAUGAUGCCACUAACACACAAGAAAUCUUAGGAUUUUCUGUCCUGGAUUCCAUUAACACGAGCAAGAUUUUCACUGUGAACCAAACCCGUUUGAGUAACUAUUCCAGGAAUUUCAGCAGUUUAAACAAAGACACCCUGGCUGGGAUGGAGAGCAAAGUGCACACUGACCCAAAAUCUAUGUAUGCUACCGCCGAGGAUUCCAGUUCAGACACAGAAUCUGUAGCUGAAACUCCCAGAGCUUCCCCCUCUCAGCCUGCUUGUGACAACCCCUUGGAGACCCAUAAGGCAGUUGAGUCAGACGAGGAGCGAGUUGAACUUUGCUGUCUGAGUAGUGAGCAGCAACAGUUUCCUCAGGAACAGCUGGUCCCACCUACCUCCAAAGUAUUCCGUCAUCCACCAGAAUGCAGUCCUUCAAAUGGUGUUUUACAGACUGAAAUCAAGGCAGAAAUUGGUUCGCUGGAAGAAUCCAGCGGGGCAGCCUUAUUAGAAAAGCCACAUUCUCCAAGGCACUUCGGUACAGAACAGGUGGCUCUAUCCACAGCCUUUCCUUCUCCUUCUCAGGUUUCUCCAUCUGGGAUUGAUAGGUUAGAUCACAGCGGUGCAGUUUGCUCUGUCCAUGACAAUGGCCCCUUAAGGGGAGGACAGAGAAUAAGCAUGGAAGGCAAAGAAAGCCUUGUGGGGGCAUGUGAGGCUUCCAAACGAGAUGCCCAAGACAUGCAUUUGUGCAUUACGAAAACCAUAAAUGGCUGGGACUGCAAUUUGCUUGACAAAGACCAACCCGAUAAAAAGGAGCCAUUGCAUACAGAAAACGACUUAGCAGCAGAUGAUGGCAGUCAUGCGGCUGGUUGCAGUUCUGCUCUGACGAAGAAAGGAACCAGCGACUCGGGCCACUUGAACAAACCAGACAGCCAUCCUGUGAACUGUACGUCACAGAGAACAGUAAACAGUCCCAAAUCUCCCCUUUUGACAAAAUCGAAAGAUCUGAGUAAGGCUGCUGCUGCUGCUGCUCAUGAAUUGCCAGGAAAAAGUGAAAAGGCAAAUGCCUCAAAAUGUCCAAAUGUCAAAACCCAAAGUCCUGGCCAGUGCAAAAUGAGCACAGUAGUUGCACAAAGUCCAUCCUCUUCCAAAAAACUACAUCACGAAACUAGAGGGAUUCCUCAGAAGAGUAUAGCAGAAACUCUUUCAAAUAACCAACGGAACAAGCCAGGGCCAAAGUUAAAGGGUCUUAUCAUUAAAAGCAAGCCCAAGACUCAGUUGGAUGCCCCGAGUGCUGCUCCUGCAAAAACUGGGAGCCCUGAUUCGAAGAAAUCACCCCUUCCCUUCCAGUCGUCACCCAGGCUUCUCCCAAAGAAAGGCACAUCGCUCCAUAACUUGGCCACACAUUUGGAACCACCCAGCAGGAGCCUUUCGAUGGGCUCCAGGAUUCUUCAACAGGAUGAGGAAAAUAAGCCAUGUUUAGCCGUGCCUCCGGAAUUGCCUCUACCUUUGCCAAAUGGCGACAGGAGCAGCGUCAAAGCCAAGAAAGAUAAAUCCAUUAGCAGUUUGGAACUUGGCGAUUCUGGAACGGCAGAGAAUCCUGCAGAGGAAAAAGAUGCAGAGGUCACAGAUCAGAGAGGUACAUCGGAUGAAUACCACACAAGAGAAAACCCUUCCCAAAUAAUUACAGAUUCUGAAACGACUGUCUUGAGUAACAGGACGGAAAACCAUGGACUGAGUACAAGUUUGUUGAAUCGCAAUGGGCGUGAAAUCAAGCCAUUGGGAUUGGAUAACCCUGAGCCUUUUAAAAAAGAGUCUUCGAGCUGCCUUUGUUCCCCUACCCAGCAACGCCAACCGGGCCAAGAAAUUCAGCGGACUUUCAUUGAGGUGAGGCUGUCUUCUAGCUCCUUCCCACCAUCCUCAUUGAUUCCCGAGUUGCCUCUGAGGGAGGAGGAAGGACACACUAGGUUGGCCAGCCAACCAGAAAACAAUGUUCAGAACAUUGAGGAAGAAAACAACAAUGCAUUGAAGCCUGUGACGAGGACCUACUCAGUGCCUGCCCAGCUAUCAAAUCAUUUGAGGGAGGACAGCCAUGUUAUGGAUUCGCCGACACAUUGUGUCCAGGAUAUCCUGAGCAACGUUUCGUGUGAAAAGCACCCCCAUUCAGAGAUGGGCAUGCUCAAAAUGGUCCACCUCAGUCUGAUGAACGGCACGAAAGAUGGAACAGAGACGCCUCUCAGUGCCCCCAAAUCAAACCAUCAGGAAUUGCCUUUGACCAAUAGCAGCAGCAGAAUCGCGGACAAAUUGAAAACCUGCAGGAGGAAUUAUUACUAUUAUGAGCUCAACUGGCCACACGAUCCCAUUUCCUCUUUUUCCGUGAAACAGAGAAUUAAAUCGUUUGAGAACCUUGCCAAUUUUGAUAGGCCUCUGGUCAAAGCGAUAGACAUACCCUCCACCUCGCUCGGCUCAAAACUUCCUGUUGGUAGAAGGCUGUCAGGCGGUACUUCUGCAGUUUCAGCUAGCAACAUCAAUGACCCUGUCCAGGCACUGAGACGUAGUUUGAGUUCCCAUUGUGAAAGCGAAACCCCAGCCCCUGCGCAGAUGACCAAAUCGUCAACCAGUGUGGCAUUAAUGCAACUGCAGCAGAAUCCCUCUGAGAACAGCAAAGAUGAUGCUCAUCACUUAGAAAAGGGCGAAAGGUGUGGUGCUUUGGGAGGUCCAAAUUGUUUGAUGCCAUCUACUCCCACUGUCCGAAGAAGCAGAGCUUCAGGUGGGCACAUCAGGCAUGCACCCUUGUGCCGCUCUAAGAUCAGGGAACUGCGGGCGUUGAGCAUGCCCGACCUCGACAAGCUGUGCAGCGAGGACUUCUCUGUGGAAUCUGCACCUUCUCAUUUCAAAACGGAACUGGAAGUUGCCCCUGCAGCAAGACCUCUUGGCCUUCCCAUUGAAACUGAAUCCAGUCUGAAUGAAUGCCCGGGGCCCUCCAGUCUUGUUUCAGCAAGCAGGCAGCAUUCGAAGGAAAGCAGCCCCUGGAACAGUAGCUGCGGCACUCCUGGGUCAGCCUCUGAUGACGAAAUGCUACAACACGACACUGACCCAAAUAAGACACACUCGGGGAAGAGCUGGUCGAUCAGCUUGGAUCAACUCUUAGUCUCUACUCUGGAUCAGCAGAAAUUGCAGUCGGUUCUUUCUUCAGUGACGACAAAAUGCGACCUUCUUUCUUUACUCCGAGAGGCCAAAGCACAAGCCGAGAGCAAAGAAGACAUUCUCUUUGUAGUCUUGAAUAAAGAGGAAGGGUCUGGCCUGGGAUUUAGUGUUGCUGGAGGAGUAGACCUGGAACAGAAAUCAAUCAUCGUCCACCGGGUUUUCUCAAAGGGGGUGGCAUCCCAGGAAGGAAUCAUCCGCCGAGGGGACCACAUUCUUUCCAUCAACGGCAUCUGUCUCGCGGGUUCUGUGCACGGGGAUGUGCUCAACGCUCUUCACCAGGCCAGGCUCCACAAAUACGCCGUCGUCGUCAUCAAGAAGGAGAGAGGCGGACAAAAGCUUUCUCCUGCCCGGUCUGAAACGUCAACGCCUGGCAGGAAAUCCUUAGGAACUGCAACAGUGGGAAGCCCAGCAGGUACAAAUGGAGAGCUGGGCGAAGCCAUUUGUGUCGAACUUCUGAAGACCUCUGCCGGCUUGGGAUUCAGCCUGGAUGGGGGGAAAGCUUCAAUCUCAGGAGACAGACCUUUGCUCAUCAAGAGGAUUUUUAAAGGUGGCGCUGCAGAACAAGCAGGAAAAUUGGAAGCCGGCGAUGAAAUCCUGGCCAUUGGUGGGAAAUCCUUACUUGGACUCAUGCAUUAUGAUGCUUGGAACCUCAUUAAAUCUGUCCCGGAGGGACCUGUCCAAUUGCUUAUCAGAAAGCAUCAGCCCCCAGUAUGAUGGGCAUUGAAACUUGUUAACCUAAACAUACCUUUGUUGCAUAUCCCAUGUUCCAUAUAAUCACAUUUUAAAAUAAAGUAGAAUUGAAUUGCAUUAAGAAGUAUUUUCUGGGGUGAAGUCACCGGAAGGAUAGGCCCCGAGAGUUUGGAUAAUCGGAUGGAAACAAAAGAGAAAGAUUGUUUUCUGCUGCUCCAGAGAAGCGGACACGGAGCAAUGGAUUCAAACUACAAGAAAGAAGAUUCCACCUAAACAUUAGGAAGAACUUCCUGACAGUAAGAGCUGUUCGGCAGUGGAAUUUGCUACCAAGGAGUGUGGUGGAGUCUCCUUCUUUGGAGGUCUUUAAGCAGAGGCUUGACAGGCAUAUGUCAAGAAUGCUUUGAUGGUGUUUCCUGCUUGGCAGGGGGUUGGACUGGAUGGCCCUUGUGGUCUCUUCCAACUCUAUGAUUCUAUGAUUCUAUGAAAAGAUGAGAAAGCGUUUGCAUUGGGGGUGUAAAUUUACCCUGUAAAUUCUGAGUGACUGUAUUUUCUGCUGUUUCCGUUCUGAAGCGUUAGUUUUAAGUGGUUUUCUAUACAUCUAUAAGCACAAUUGCUGCAUUUGUUGAUACAGAUGCUGUACUGUGAAAGCACUUAAAUCUCGUUUCCCCAGUUGAGCAGGUGAGAGCCACAUGUGGAGGCAGACUUCUACAUAUAUAGGAAAUGUGACUGUAUCUGUCCCUGCAUCACAGUGCUCACCAGGGUUCAUUGAACUGGGGGUGGGCACCCUAUUCAUGAGCACCAGUUGUUGGGGUUCCCCCUCCACCACCCAUGAAUUUUUAUGACAGAUGUGUAGUUUGCAUUUCUCUUAAAAACAAACACUCCUCAGAGCAUCACACGCACUGAUGCUGAAUAUUCAAUCCAUAGUCAAAGCACAUGUCAUUCUGACAGAUAAUUUUGAUCAAAGAUGGGAGACUGAGAUAGUCUUUAAUGCAGGCACCCCCAAACUGCGGCCCUCCAGAUGUUUUGGCCUACAACUCCCAUGAUCCCUAGCUAAGAGGACCAGUGGUCAGGGAUGAUGGGAAUUGUAGUCCAAAACAUCUGGAGGGCCGGUUUGGGGAUGCCUGCUUUAAUGUAGGUGCGGUUGAAAAACACACAGGUGUCAACAUAAUUUCCUUGAGAAAUUAGUUUUGGGAAGCCUUUGCCCUGAAAGACAGCAUAUAAAUAAUACUGGAGAUCAAAUUUAUUAAAUAAUAGUUUGCUCUUUAAAUUGCUGUGCUAGCGUCAGAGAUUGCCUUAAAUUGCUGUGUCAGUGUCAGGGGAUAUAGAGUCAAAAUUCCAGAAGGAGACAAUGCUUCAUUCUUUCUUUUAAAAAUACAAACAUCUUCAGUAUUUGUGGUGGGGGAGAGAGAGUCUGUCUCAGGCCAUUCCAGCCUUACUCUGUGUGAUUGUAUUUUAUGUAUUUAUCUGAAUACACACGUUUGCCAGAACGGCAUCAGGCAGGCGACGCAUUCGAAUCUUGCAUGUUUUCUCCGUUACAACUCUUGAGGCGGAAAAUAGACUUUGAGUAGAGCUUAAUUUCAUUCCCCUUAAAACGAAAUGAAACCCAGCCAGCCUCAGGAAGAGCUCUGUGCAAGUUGUAAACCUUACACACUGCUUGGUGAACAUUGGUACCAUCCCUAUAAGUAUGGAUAGCAUACCAGGGAUCUGGUCCCUUAUUCUGGCAUACAUAUGUGAUGGCUAGCAAAGGGGCAUCAAGUUGCAUUAGCAAGGAUGUUGUAGAAAUAUUGCAGCUCUUCCCAUUGCCUCUCUUCAGUCUCCUAUCCCCUUCUGUCAUCUUCCUGUAGCUCCCAGGCCCCAUUGAGUAACCCCAAUCUCUUGACACCACCUUCUGCUCCAGUCUGGUGCCUGCCUUCCAUUUCCUUGGCAAUGUCUGCAUGUGAAGCAGAGGAGAUGGAACCUAGGAGAUCUGGCUACGAUAUCUUUACACUGUUGAUAUUUUUCAAACGGCUAAACCAUUGCAGUGGGCUUCUUCUCAUCUCAGAAUUGUCACUUUCCCCCACCUCAGUUCUUAAGGUUUAUUCAAACACCUCCUCCACAAUCGAUACACGUUUAAAUUAGGAAGGUGUUACAUAUGAGGUUUCACCAACAGGAAUAUGAUGUUCAUCCAGAAAUUGAGGCAUAAUAUAUUGUAAUUUUGGAAUCGUUUCUUUAGGAGUAUGAGUGAUUUCAAGAGCAUUAUUCAGAAAAUAGUCAAACUGUUUACAUACCAUCUCGCAUUUCCUGUCUGUUAUAUAAAAGCCUACACUAAACAAGAGGAUUACGUAAUAAAAUGCUGACUGCGAUGUAAAAGUUAUGAUUAAUUAAAUUUCUAUGCUGAUCCGUUUAACUUGUUCUAGAUAUAAAUGACUUGCUACUGUAGAGCUUUUAACUCGAUGUCAUAAUACUUUUUGAUGGAUCGUAAAUAUCUCUGGGUGGUUGUUGUUGUUUUUUUCAAUUCAAGCAAGCUGAAUUGAGUAUUUCAUUAUUUCUCAGAAGCUGUGUGGAAUACACAUUCUUCAUGUCAUAGGAAACCUGCCUUCUGAUGAACCAGUUUCACAAGGAAAUAAUCAGAUGCUACAAAUCUUCAUCUUUUACAAAGAUAACAAAAUUGAUUUGUACAGUACAAGAAAAUAAAGAUGUAAGAAACCAAAAUCACAGGCCUGGUCACACAAGCAACAAAUGAGAUAGCAAACCUGUUUCUGGAUUCUACCACUUCAGACUGUAGCUGGGAAGGAAUGCUGACUGCUGUUCCAUACAAAAAUAUUCCCUGCAGCUAGAAAUGUAGAUGUCAGGCAAGAAGUGUGCUAGCUUAGUCAUCUCCCUGACAUCUUAUUUUUCUAUGUACAGAGGUUUUUGAGCCAUUUGGCAGUGUGAUUCCUCUCCCCCCCCCCUGCGAUCUGAAAUAGGAAAUAGUCCCAUCUAGACACAGGUUUAUCACCUCAUCUAUUUUCUGGGGGGCGGGGCGGGGGACAGACCACAAUUUUUUCUACAUUUGUGUGGGAUGUUUGUGUGUGUGUGUGUGUGUUUUUAAGUGUAACACACGAUUGUAUGAUAUUGUAUAUUGGCACCAUUAUUUAUAUAAAUAUUCAUGUUGCGAACAUUUUUUAAAUGCCUUGUUGUAAUAAGAGAAGUGCAAUAAUAGGAAAUAAGAGUACAUUUUCCAAAACUUGCUUUGCCCCAUUAAUGUAAAUCGGCAUCUCAGCAAAUCCUUCUCUUCCCCCUCACCCCAUUUUUUUAGUGGUUUUUUGAAAAUAAACAUGAUGCUUAAUCUUUCUGUAGGUCAUUGUUCUUUAUGUGUUGAGAUGUGAUUUAAAAUGUGCUGUAAGUUUGUAAUGUGUAGUUUGCCUUAUAGGCUGGAGAGAUUGUGGGGUCACACCAAAGUACCUCACAGUAGCCUGUGCACCCAAUCUUAUUCUGAUAAGUGGCAAGGAAAUUUAUUGUCUGAAUUAUCCUGUAGACAUAUGAAAAAAUUAUUUCCAGCAGCACCUUAGAGGCCAACUAAGUUUGUCAUUGGUAUGAGCUUUCGUGUGCAAGCACACUUCUUCAGAUACACUGGAACAGAAGUCACCAGAUGCUUACAUAUAGUGAGAGGGUGGGGAGGGGUAUUACUCAGGAAGGAAUUUUUUUAUUUUGUUUCGACUACGUCAGACCAGCACGGCUACCUACCUGUAACUGUAGACAUAUGGUCAUUCGUGUAUCAUUUCUACCACUUAUGGCAGAGGGAUAUGCUCCUUUGGUGCUUUUACAUCAGCUAUUCCCAGCCCUGUUCAGAUAUCUUCAGCUACAGGCCCCACCAGCUCUAGUCAACGUGGCCAAUGGUCAGGGAUGAUGGGAGUUGUAGUCCAAAACAUCAGGAAAGCACCAGAUUGAGAAAUCUUUCUUGGCAUCGCCAUCCUUCUUUCACCAGCCAAGCCUGCAAUCCAAUUGUCUGAAUGAGGACGUGCCUUUCGCACUAGGAACCAAACCAUCUAGCAUCACCUGGCCUUGGCUGGUGUGGGGACUUCUGGUAUAGGGCAGUGCUGGUUCCAUACUGGGGGUGGGGCUUAGACAAGAUGACCCAAGUGGGCUUCCCCCCAAAUGAGUCCACUUCUGCUUGGUCACUUUCGCCCCUGUCCCUUCCCUUGCCCUCUUCCUCUGAAGCCAAUCUAUGCAGGUACCAAAAGAGAGAGGGCAAGGCAAGCAGAGGCACCUUCUCCU